AUGACCCGUCACUCCUCCUCGUCAUCGUCUCCUGAUGAAAACCGGCGCCUUCGUUCGACGUUGAAGGAAAAGAAGCGAAAUAUCGAAAUCAAUGAGGCUUUUGAGAGGCUUCAAAAACAACUGCCACAUGUGCCAACGUCGACACGAUUGCCAAAAAUCAAAACCCUACGCUUAGCAUUGAAAUACAUCGAACAUUUGAACACAAUCUUAAGCGGCGACAAACAGGUAACACCGUUUUUCACUUCAUGCAAAACGUCACUAGCUGGUUACGGCAAAACUUGUACAGCCAAUUGUAAUAGGCGAGGGAAGAUCCUGGGAACAAUUUUCAAGAACUACUCUGAAAUCCAAAAUCAACCACUUCAUAACGGUUUACCACCUUGUUAUAGCAUGAAGGUGUUCUUCAGUAUCGAAUUCCGAUGUUGA